AUGGCAGUUCCAUUUACCAUACUCAUUUGUUUACUCAUUACUACCCGUUUCACUUUAACCGCCACUACUAACACCACCACUAUUAACAUCUCCACCACCAUGAAACCAAAAACCUUUGUGGCCAAACUUCUUCAUUUUGAUUAUGUUUUUCACCAUCCUAACGAUACACUUGAAUAUCGUGCUGAACGCAUGCUAAACAUAUCUAUUGCUCGAUUAGUUCAUCUAUACGGAAAAGACUCAAAGACUCUUAGUGCUGAUGCUAAGCUUUAUUCUCUUAAAGAAUAUGAGAAUCAAGCAUUUUAUGUAAGCUUCAAGAUUGGUCAGCCACCCGUUCCACAGAUUGCGCUUAUGGAUACUGGGAGUGACUUUAUAUGGAUCAAAUGCUUCGGUAAAUAUUUCAAUUUUUCCAAGUCCUCAUCAUUUGCUACUGUUUCAUGCAAUGAUAAGAUUUUUUGCUCUGACUGUGAGGCCAAGCAAUGCAUUUUCCAGGUUAUAUACCAAUCUGGUGAAGAAGUAGAAGGAAUAAUAGCCAAAGAACUAUUCACCUUCGGCUCACCAGAUGAAGAUAAAGGUUUUUCUAUUGAGGAUGUAGUUUUUGGGUGCAAUCUAGAGUAUCCUAUUUUUGCUGAUAAAGUAAAUGGAAUUUUCGGACUUGCCACCCAUAGAUCCAGUUACUCUCUGGUAAAAAGACUUGAUUCUAAAUUUUCAUAUUGUUGUAAUAACAUAUUUGACCCGGAAAAUGACAAUAGUAAAUUAAUUAUUGGCGACGGGACACAGCUUUCCGGCCCUUCGACACCUCUUAUUAACGACAAUGGCAAAUACUACGUUACUCUUGAAAGGAUUAGUGUAGGGGGAAUAACGCUUGACAUAGAUCCCAACGUAUUCGUGAGAACUGAUUGGCACAAAAGUGGAGUAGUUAUUGACAGUGGUAGUGAACUGACCUGGUUAGUCGAAAGUGCAUUUGAAAAACUUGCUGGCCAUGUUCAUUUUUAUCUUACAAGAAAUUAUGGUCUGCCUCGUUUCACUGAAUUUUAUGGUGCAAAGCAGGGCUAUCUGACGUGCUAUUCGGGCUCAUUGGAUGUUGUUAAAAAUUUUCCAUGGGUGAGAUUUCAUUUUGCAGAUGAUACAGAACUGGUUUUGGAUUCAAAAAGCCUUUUUUACCAAUUAACCAGAAAUGUGAUCUGCUUCCCUUUUGCUUCGAGUGUUCAGAAAAAUAUUCCCGAUUUUAAUAUUAUGGAAUUGGUUUUCAACAGAUUAUAUGUGGGCUAUGACCUUGAAACGAGAAGUAUAUUUGUAAGUGUGAAGACCAAAACGGUGCCGUGUCACUUACCAACACGCUAUCGUUUCAAGCAUGAAUCUGGACCAUCAGUUUUGAGAAGAUCCAACGCUGUGCUUAGUCCAUCCUGGUCAACGAUACAUAAGUGA